AUUGUAUAGGCUUUGCCUUUUGCUUAUAUAUACUCCUUGCACUUUCUGGUCCGUUGGCAAAAGUUGGGUUCCUCUCAAACUUCGAUUUCCAGAUGCAACUUGCAGGCCGUGACUGUUGUUCUUGUGGAGGAUACUGGGAAAAGGAGAUGAGAGUAAAAGAGUUCCUUGAUAGUGCUUCUGUAUUUGGCGGCGAAAGAAAAUAGAUGAACGUUGUCUUUUCUUUCAGGCCCUCAUCCUUUAAAAAUCUAGAAACAAUUUUGUUCGAGAGGAACAUCAAAGUGUGAAGAACUAGAUUCCUUUUGUGAAGCUUAGUAGUUUGAGGUGACAAGAGAAUGACAAAGAAGCGAGAAGUAGAAGAUAGCUUGGUGGCUGAAGAGGCAAGCCCAAAACGGCAGAAGGUAAUAGAGCAUUCUUCUCCCUCUCUUCCACCAAUUGCUUUCGAGAAUCCUCUUCUUCCACUUGCAUCUUAUGAUGAUGAUGAUGAAGACGAUGAGGAUGAUGGAAGGAGAGGACACAUUGCCGAGCAAGUUAUAAAUAAUGGUGGAAACAAGGAGCAAAAUGGCUACUCAUCCGACGAGGAAGAAGAUGAGGAUGAUGAGUAUCAUGGUAGAAGCCAAGGGAAGCGAAAUCGUGCAAUUGAAAUUCGGAGGGACUGCCCUUAUCUUGAUACUGUAAAUAGACAGGUAGCCUCCUGAUUCAGUUUUUCUGGAACAGGUUUAUCUAUCAUAAUUUAGACUGCACAAAUUGCUAUACUGAAAUUUUACAUCUAACGAUGAAAUUCUGAAAUUUACAUUGCACAGCGAAAUUGCGACGACUUUUCAUCCUUGUGGUGCUGAGGUUCUGAUAUGCUUCUCCAUUCGUUACUUUGGUUUUAAAAUCUCUCCGUUCUGUUUCUUUAGGGACAAUAGCUUGAUACUUUUGGGACUCUUGUUUAAGUGACUGAUAGUAAUUCCUUAUAAAAAAGGGUGUCUUGUAGUAAUUGAGUACCAAACUUCUUUUCGUUGGAUUUGAUGCAUUUCUAUUGACUGCAUCAGUAAAACACAUUUGGUUUAGCUCAUGUGUCAAGACUGAUGGCUCUCUCUCUCUCUCUCUCUCUCUCUCUCUCUCUCU